UGCAACAUUGCUCCAUGUCAUGGAUGUUCUAUCAAUAAUCAGUUAGGCUUCAGCAUUUGGUUCAUGCAGAAGUAUUGUUUCUUAAUAAUUCUGCGUUGUUUUUUUUUGAUAAUGCAGCGUAAUGUUAACUUUUGUGUUGGAUAGGCUAUUAUUGUGAUGACCUGGUCUUGAGUUGUCUACCAAGCUAGUCUUUCCAGCAGAAUUCAAAGGAAGAGGAAAGUGUCGACUUAACCUGACCGAGGUACUCAAGUCAACAAGAUGAAUAACAAACCUGGGAAAACGCAAAGCAACACAACCAAGAGGACUACACAGUCCAACACUAAUGGGGUUACUUUCAACUCCAUCCGGAUAAAAAAAGAACCAGGAGACUUUGAACGGAAGGAAACUGGUGACCGUUCCAAACGUCCCUUGCUGGAGAAGCAAAAGCACGUCAAGCAACAUCAAACUACGUCCGACCAACCAACUCGGUGUAGCAAGAUAUCGAGGAGUCCUGUGGUGAUACUAACAAAAUUGUCCAAUGUGGUGGUUAAGACUCUUCUGAGAGAAACUAAAGUGCGUUUGGUGAAGGAGGAGACGGAUGCCAGGAUGGAUAAAGACAACAAUGACGUCUCUUCUCCGCAGUUCUUUCCUUGUCCACACUGCACCAUCUCCUUCACUGACUGUUACUUCCUGGAGAACCACAUCAAGACCAAACACCAGAAGCAGUACCUGGCCAUGUUGAAAUGCCACGUCUCAAAGAGUAAAACAUUGUAUGCCCCCACACUCAGCUGUCCCCAGUGUAGCUGCAUGUUCCAUACCCCACGACAGCUACACAUCCACACCCGCCAGGCCCACCCCUCCGCCUUUCCCCAGAAACCUGCCCGUCCCCCCAGGGUUCCGGGGAAACUCCACCCCUGCCCGCAGUGUGCCCGCAGAUUCCCGUACCUGGGCACUCUGCUGAAGCAUUGCAAGAAUUUGCACAAAAUGGCUGUUUUUCUCACCGAUGGUCACAUCAGUUGCGCUGACUGUGGGAAGAGCUUUGAGAAUUGCUGGGGACUGGGGCCACACCAGUGUCACGAACCAGAGGGCACUAAACCUAAGGACACUAAGACUGUGGUCUGUCUGGAAGUCGGCUUCCAUUGCUCAGAGUGUGGGAAGAUCCUCAGUACUCCUACGAGCCUGGACACUCACAUGCGCAUCCACACUGGAGAGAAGCCGUACGAAUGUAAGGAGUGCGGCAAGCGCUUCUCAGAGAACAGCGGUUACCGUUAUCACUCGUUAAUACACUCGGGGCUCAAGCCGUUCAAAUGCCAGGACUGCGGGAAAGCUUUCAAACGGAAGUCGCUCCUCUGGACUCACCUGUCAGUUCACACUGGUGAGAGGAAGUUCUCCUGCUCCCAAUGCGAUAAGCGGUAUGCAAGCAGGGCCCAUCUGAAGCUUCACCUGCGAACACACUCGGGGGAGAGACCUUUCAAAUGCACUGUGUGUGGUAAAGACUUUGCUGACAAAGCUUAUCUGAAAACACACCUGAAGAUCCACAGCAACGAGAAGAACUACCACUGUGGGAUUUGUGGGCGGGCGUUCUUGAGGCUGGGGUUGUUGAAGUUACACAUGCGCUCACACACCGGGGAGAGGCCCUACCACUGCACAGUGUGCGACAAGAAGUUUUUUCGACUCUCACACCUGAAGAACCAUCAUCUGACUCACACGGGUGAGAAACCAUACACCUGUACCGAGUGCAGUAAAAGCUUCACUCAGUCUGGGGAUCUGUCCAAGCACAAGCUCCUCCACACUGGGGAGAAGCCAUUUGAAUGCCCUGAAUGCCCCAGCCGGUUUAACCGCUCUGGUUCUCUGACCAGUCACAUGAGGACCCACACUCACCGUGAUAUAAAGCCAUACUCCUGCCAAGAAUGUGGGAAAAGCUUUUAUGAACAGAGUCAUGUCAAAGUCCACAUGAAGACCCACACAGGGGAGAGACCGUACCCCUGCCCCCACUGCCUUUUCAACUUCACUCGGAAAGCACACCUCUCCAAACACCUGCCUAGAUGUCGUAAAUGAUCAUGGUUGGCCUUUUUUAUAUGACACUUUUAUUAUGAAAUUCAUUUUAUUCAUAGGAAUCACUUGAAGAUGAAUUCUCCACAGUGAAAUGAUAACGUUAUAUAGUCAUGGAAUACAUUUAAACAUUAUUAUACUAAGCAAAAAUAUAAAUGCAACGUAAAGUGUUGGUCCCAUGUUUCAUGGGCUGAAAUAAAAGAUCCCAGAAAUGUUCCA